AAUUCAAAGCAUUGAUAUCAUUUCAAUUUAUUAUUCUCUUGACCCAAAUUAUCAUCAGGCAGAUUAGUUACAGCUGUCGAGGACCAAGUCAAUAGGAAAGAACCCCUUCAGCACACAACCCAACCACAUCAAACCGUUCUAGGAGGAGCUGUGGUGAAGAAAAUCAUGUCUAGAGUUCAUAGGUUCAGAAGGAGAGUCCCCCACGCCUCGGGCUCUGGGCUCUAGGCCCCGGUGCGUUCUUCUGUGCUCAUCAACUGGCUGGGCUCCAGGUGUAGGCAAUCAUUACCUACUUCCUUGACUGCCACCUUGACUGCGCUGGACAAAAGUCAACCUUUUAGAGGUGAAGGUGGUUCCCCAUUCGGCUUUUGACAACACCUGAACAGCGCCCACGUAGACCAUCAGUUAUUGAUCGGCUCGACCAAAAAGCAAACUCCUGAAUCGGUCACGUCUGUCCCAGAGAGUCGAGGGCGAGUUGUACUCUUACAGGGAUCCGACAAUUUCUGCAAGAAAAGAGCAGGACAUAUCACCGCCUUUCUCUCGCUCUGCUCCCACCGAUUUCCACCCGGGGGCGGUGGUCAUUCUAUGUUCUCCGUUGCGUUGACCGAUAUUUUAUUCAGCUGACAAACAUGAUUGGCUCUGGCCACUUCUCCAGUCAACAGAGGAAGUACCCAAAACUCGGGAAUCGUUGGGCGAGCGAUUCUGGCCUUGGAGAAUCGAGAAACAUGCGUCAUGUGCAUCGAGAGACGAGUGCCAAAGUGAGUGAGGUCCGAGUGAGGCGAGCACCUGUGCAUAUUCACAGGGCUCUUGGAACAUUCGUCAACCGCGACCGUUGUCGGUGGCAGGAGGAGGAGCAGGAGGGGCACUAGCGGGACGAGCGGCGCAUAGCGGCAUCGAUCGAGGCGAAGAUGGUGGCGCUCGAGACGGAGGAAUCGGGCAGCGGAUCUCUGAAGCAUGGGGCGCUGGAGUCGCGGGAGCAGUGGGAGCCGAAGAGAGACGCCGGUGCGCUGGUCGUCCUCGAAUCCAAAGGUGGGGACUCACUUCCCCCUACUCUCGAUUCGGGCUCCAUCGCCCCACCGAUGAAAGCCCAUCGUUACCCAUUCCUCCCUGCUCCCUGUCGGAUCUUCCUGCCGACCAUCGACGUGUUCUUCGGGCCCGAUGUUUCCCGCGAGCUCAGGCUGCUUCUGCCAGUUCUUGUGAAUUGAGGAUUACUCAGGCGGUCACGGGGUGCAAUUCACGAUUCUCUUCCGGGAGAAUCGCGAGGAAGAAAGUAUGAGCACACCCACUCUGACAUUCGAGCCUGAAUCCUGCAGAGAUUUUCCUCUUGCCUGCUCUUCAGAAACCACCAGAAUGGUCGAGUCUUUGUCGGAGAACUUCCACAUCCGAAUGUGCGUGUGCCUGAUGAGUAGAAGCUUGUCCUCAAAGCUCGUGCAGAGCCCACCGUAAUCGCGGGAGCUGGCAACACGUCGGGUUCCAUUUGACGGCUUCAAUCGCUGGACCUCCGAUUCUCACGUUCCCAUUCGCAUUUGCGGCAUUGGGCUGGGCAUGGGGAAUGAUCGCGCUCGUGUCCGCCGGCGUCGUCACCUUCUACUCCUACAACUUGCUUUCGCUGAUCUUGGAGCACCGCGCUGCCCAAGGUCGUCGCCACGUCCGAUUCCGCGACUUGGCCACAGACAUUUUGGGGCCGAAACUCUCAUAUGGGCUUGUUUAUCCGAUGCAGUUUGUUGUGUGUCUAGGCGCAGUGAUUUCCAUUGUCUUGGUUGGAGGAAUCAGUGCCAAAGUUGUGUACAAAGUAUACUACCCGGAUGGAGAUCUGCAGCUGUAUCAAUUCGUCGUCUUCUUCGGGGCGGCCACGAUGAUCAUGGGCCAACUCCCGUCGUUCCACUCGCUGCGCUACGUCAACCUUCUGUCGCUGCUGAUGUGUCUGACCUACAGCUUCACCAUAACCGGGGCCUGCAUCCAGUUAGGAUACUCCGACCGAGCUCCCCCGAGAGACUACAGUUUACCGGGGAGUGAGAAACAGCAAGCAUUCGCGGCGUUCAACGCCUUGGCGCUGAUCGCUACGGCGUACGGGAAUUCGAUCAUUCCCGAAACUCAGGCAACUCUGGCGCCUCCGGUCGAGGGGAAGAUGUUCAAAGGACUGGCGAUGGCGUACUCGGUCAUAGUGGUGACGUUUCUGCCUGUGGCCAUCGCCGGAUACUGGACGUUCGGAAACCUCUCGGCCCCCAGCGUGUUCACCAACUUCCAAACAGCGGACGGAACACUGCUCGUUUCGAAAUGGCUGAUCGUUAUGCCCAGCUCCAUGUGCGUCAUCCAGCUUAUAUCUGCCGCAAUUAUAUAUAGUCAACCGACGUUUGAUCUUUUCGAGCGGAAGAUCGCGGAUGUGGACAAGGAUCGAUUCACAGCUCGGAACGGGAUUCCUCGGGUGAUAGUGCGCGUUGUUUUUCUGGCUCUGGUGACUCUGAUAGCUGCGAUGUUCCCAUUCUUUGGUGACGUGAACGCGAUCGUGGGCUCGUUCGGAUUCACUCCUCUAGACUUCGUGUUCCCCAUGGUCUUUUACAUCCUGGUGUUCAAGCCGCCCAAACGUUCCAUCAAAUUCUGGGGCAAUCUGAUCAUCAUCAUUGUUUACAGCCUCGUGGGCCUGGCCGGGGCUGUAGCUGCUGUACGCCAGCUGAUUCUGGACACGAGCUACUACAAACUGUUUGCGGAUGUUUGACACACGUCUCUUAGAUGAGCAGAUCCUCGCUUGGGAAGACCACGAAGUGUUGUUGUUGAUCCCGAAAAUAUGUCGACCUUUGGCCGCUCCUCUGAUCAUUGAAGUGGAUUGAACUCACAUGCACCACGAACUCUGACUGUUCGUUCGAGUUGCUGAUAAUUUCAUCGAUGAGAAGAGGGUAAGGACCUUGGGUGAUCAAGUGAUUGGGUGAGCAAGAGAAACUCCGGGCGAAAUCCCCAAAAAAAGAAAGGAAGAGUAGAUUCGCUUAUGAACACACAACAAACAACAAUCUCCUAGAAAAUAAAAUUUUGGAUAAUUUUGCGGUUAGAAGCAUUUUGUAACAAGCUCCCUGCUAUAGAAUAAGAGUUUGGAUAUCUUUUACAAACAUACGUAAGAAAUACUAUAUCUAUAAACCUCGAACGGAGAGUCUUGACAUUUCUCAAUACUUCCAAGAAAAUGAUUACCUAAGAAGCUCACACAAUGAACCCUCAUCAUUCAUUAUUGUUCAGAUUUAAAAUUGAUGAAAUGGGAAAAUCUGAAAGAUGGAGCAAAGUAUUUCGGUAGUACUCAUACUACUCGGUCUAGAGACACAGUAAUUAACCAAAAAACUGAAUGUAUUGAAACAAGCAUUGAGAAAAAAGUUUAGAAGAAACCCCAGUGGGCCAACUAACCAAAACUGAUUACCUUAUAUCAUUUUAUACU